CCACCGGCUGCCCGCCAAACGCCAUUUUCGUCGUUGUUUGAUUUCAGACGGUUUUGUGCACCGGUGACUCAAAGCAUUUUCCCAGUAGAGCGCAGGGCGAGGUUCUAAACCGUUCCAAAAUGUCAAAAACGGACGAAGCGAUGGACACUGGAGAAAAUUCAAAUGCCUCCUCAGCAGAUGGGCCACCUCCUGCUAAGCCAAAAGGAGAAGACUUUGAUAACAAAUUGGAAGGUGACCGGAGCAAGCGCUUUGAUUUUCUUCUCAAACAGACUGAGAUUUUUUCCCAUUUCAUGUCUAAUAAUGCUAAAGAAAAGUCAACUAGCAGUCCCUUGAAGUUGAAACCAGGGCGACCAAGGAAGGUUGUAGAUAAACCUAAGGAUGAAGAGGCAGCAGACCAUCGUCACCGCAAAACAGAGCAAGAGGAAGAUGAGGAGCUUUUAGCUGAAACAAAUACUAGUGCAAAAGCUAUCACUCGGUUUGAUGCGUCUCCUUUUUAUAUUAAAAGUGGUGAACUGCGUGACUAUCAAGUUCGUGGUCUCAAUUGGAUGAUAUCUUUGUAUGAAAAUGGAAUCAAUGGUAUCCUUGCCGAUGAAAUGGGUCUUGGUAAAACAUUGCAGACAAUUUCUCUUCUAGGGUACAUGAAGCACUAUCGGAACAUCAAUGGACCUCACUUGGUGAUUGUUCCCAAAUCAACUCUUCAGAACUGGAUGAACGAAUUCAACAAGUGGUGCCCAACCCUGAGAGCUGUUUGUCUGAUCGGUGACCAAGAAGCAAGAAACACUUUCAUCAGAGAAACCCUUAUGCCUGGAGAGUGGGAUGUCUGCAUUACUUCUUAUGAAAUGGUUAUCAGGGAAAAGGGUGUCUUCAAGAAAUUCAACUGGCGUUACAUGGUGAUUGACGAGGCUCACAGGAUCAAGAAUGAAAAGUCAAAACUGUCAGAAAUUGUCCGUGAAUUCAAAACCACCAAUCGGCUUCUGCUUACUGGAACACCCCUUCAGAACAAUCUCCAUGAACUUUGGUCACUUCUGAACUUCCUUCUUCCUGAUGUCUUCAACUCAUCAGAUGACUUUGAUUCAUGGUUUGACACCAACAGCUUCCUUGGUGACAAUUCGCUUGUUGAGCGUUUGCAUGCGGUUCUGCGCCCUUUCCUGCUCCGUCGUUUGAAGUCUGAAGUCGAGAAAAGGCUUAAGCCCAAAAAGGAAGUCAAAAUAUAUGUUGGUUUGAGCAAAAUGCAAAGAGAUUGGUACACCAAGGUUUUGAUGAAGGAUAUUGAUGUAGUAAAUGGAGCUGGUAAAAUUGAGAAGAUGCGCCUCCAAAACAUUUUGAUGCAGCUGCGUAAAUGCUCCAACCAUCCUUACCUGUUUGAUGGUGCUGAACCGGGUCCACCUUACACAACUGAUGAGCACCUCGUGUACAACUGUGGAAAAAUGGUUAUUUUGGACAAAUUGCUCCCCAAAUUGCAAGAACAAGGAUCUCGUGUUCUCAUCUUCUCCCAAAUGACCCGUAUGUUGGACAUCCUUGAAGAUUAUUGUCACUGGCGGCAGUACAACUAUUGCCGUUUGGAUGGUAACACUCCUCAUGAAGAUCGUCAGCGCCAAAUUAAUGAGUACAAUGAGCCAAACAGCAAGAAAUUUGUCUUCAUGUUGUCAACAAGAGCUGGUGGUCUCGGUAUUAACCUUGCUACAGCUGAUGUGGUAAUCAUUUAUGACUCUGACUGGAACCCACAGAUGGAUCUACAGGCCAUGGAUCGUGCCCAUCGUAUUGGUCAAAAGAAACAAGUCAGAGUGUUCCGCAUGAUAACUGAAAACACUGUUGAAGAAAAAAUUGUUGAACGUGCUGAGGUGAAGCUGCGACUUGACAAACUUGUGAUUCAGCAAGGUCGUCUUGUUGACAACAAAGCUAGUGCACUCAACAAGGAUGAAAUGUUGAACAUGAUCAGACAUGGUGCCAAUGAAGUAUUUGCCUCAAAAGAAUCUGCCAUAACUGAUGAAGACAUUGAUGUCAUUCUUGAAAAGGGAGAAGUCAAGACCCAAGAACUCAACAAGCGACUUUCAGAGAUGGGUGAAUCUUCUCUACGAAACUUCACAGUGGAUACUCCAACAGACUCUGUUUAUAAGUUUGAGGGUGAAGACUACAGAGAAAAGCAAAAGGUUCUUGGCAUUGGGAACUGGAUUGAACCUCCUAAGCGAGAAAGGAAAGCUAACUAUGCUGUUGAUGCAUACUUCAGAGAGGCCCUGAGGGUAUCAGAGCCAAAGGCACCCAAAGCACCUCGCCCUCCAAAGCAGCCCAUUGUGCAGGACUUCCAGUUCUUCCCUCCCAGAUUGUUUGAACUAUUAGACCAGGAAAUCUAUCAUUUCCGCAAAUCACUUGGUUAUAAGGUUCCCAAAAAUCCAGAACUUGGCCCUGAAGCUGCUCGUGUGCAGAAAGAGGAGCAGAGAAAAAUUGAUGAGGCUGAGCUGCUCAGUGAAGAAGAGAUUACUGAAAAAGAAAGCUUGUUGACCCAAGGAUUCACAAACUGGACAAAACGUGACUUUAAUCAAUUCAUCAAGGCUAAUGAAAAAUAUGGUAGAGAUGAUAUUGAAAAUAUUGCAAGGGAUGUGGAAGGAAAAACUCCAGAAGAAGUUAUGGAAUACAGCACAGUAUUUUGGGAGCGGUGUCAUGAACUUCAAGACAUUGACAGAAUUAUGGGACAAAUAGAAAGAGGAGAGGCUAAAAUUCAGCGCCGUGCUGGAAUUAAGAAGGCUCUUGAUGCGAAGAUGGCACGGUAUCGAGCUCCCUUCCAUCAAUUGCGCAUUUCUUAUGGGACAAAUAAAGGAAAGAACUAUACCGAAGAAGAAGAUCGUUUCCUGGUUUGCAUGCUACAUAAACUGGGAUUUGACAAAGAAAAUGUAUAUGAAGAACUUCGGGCUGCUGUCAGAUCUGCUCCACAGUUCCGUUUUGAUUGGUUCAUUAAAUCCCGUACUGCCAUGGAACUGCAGAGAAGGUGCAACACCCUCAUCACUCUCAUUGAACGCGAAAAUCAAGAGCUGGAAGAAAAAGAAAGACAGGAGAAAAAGAAGCGUGGACCCAGAAGUAGUAAUGUUGCUGGAACCAGUACUCCUGCCCAAAACAGCACCAGCCAGUCCAGUUCAACCCCUGCUCCAGGAACACCUAGUGCCAACAGUGGGACACCAAACACCACCAAACAAAGUCAGAAACGCAAGGGCGACUCCCUUGGCCCCAGCUCUGCCUCAACUACACCAGACACUAAAACCAAGAAGAGGAAGAAAUAAUCCUUGUGGUUAAGUUAAUUUAAUUUGUGAUGAAGAAUGCAUGUUGUAUGGUAAUUUAAAGCUAUUAAUAAUAAUAGGUUAUUUUAGCCUAAUACAUUGAAUGAUUGUGUUUUAAGCAGUUAAGUUAAAAAGCUGUGAAGCUUAAACGAUGAUGUGCAGCUGUAAUAUACGUAUUGACCUAUGAUAAAUUUUCCGUUGUUUAAUUUUUUAAAUAUUUUUCUUGACUGGCAAUUAUGUUUUCUAUGAACUUUGUACAAUAAUGUCUAUGAGCAUUGGGACUAAAAGCUGUGGACUUGAUAUCUGGCAGUGUCUCAAUGCUCCUUCUACACAUUUAUUUUGUUAUGGGAAAAAUCUUAUAACCUGUUGUAAAUAGUCUAUUUUAUGUUCUCGUAAUUCCAUGGCAAUGUACUUUGUCUCACUGCUUGCAUCAAUGUAUUUUAAUUUAUAUAGCAUUAAACUGUCCUGUAUGAA